AUGGGGAAAAGGAGCCGGGGUUUGGGAGCGGAUAGCUCCGAUUCGGAGCCCAAGAAAGCCAAAUCUCCGGAGGUGGAAUUUACAGGGACCCUCUUUAAAUCUUUACUGAGAGAUCCCCAGACAGCACUGAAAGGCUUGGAGAAAUUCAUCACUUUAUCUAGAAAACUCCCCAGUCCUCACCUGUAUGAUGUGGUGGAGGGUUAUAUUAAGAUCUCUGUGGAAUGCCUGGAAAUUCUGAAGCUUUUAGAUGGGGAGAGAAGACCUGAGACUGAGAUAAUGUUAGUCUUUCAAGCCCUGGAAGCCAUUUUGCUGAGAACGGCCAGUGACUUGUCACAUCUGAGUGUUGCUGGUAUUAACAUAGUGAAGUACAUAUUGAACACACACAUGAAGUUAGUCUAUUCCUGUGUGUACUCAGAAACCCACAGGAUGUCUCGAAUUUGCCUCAACAUGUUAUCCGCAAUGGUGACACAAGGACCGGACUGUGCCAGGGAUGUUUUUAGCCAUUUUGAUUUCAACAACAAGUAUCUGCCAGGAUUGCUGAAGAAGAGAGACAAGCAGCUGGUUGUUUACAGAAAAAUAAUACCCUGGUGUGGAGAGGGGCCGGCUGCCCUGGUGUGGAGAGGGGCCGGCUGCCCUGGUGUGGAGAGGGGCCGGCUGCCCUGGUGUGGAGAGGGGCCGGCUGCCCUGGUGUGGAGAGGGGCCGGCUGCCCUGGUGUGGAGAGGGGGGACGACGGCUGCCCUGGUGUGGAGAGGGGGGACGACGGCUGCCCUGGCUUUUUCAGUGAGAUUUUCAUCACUGGGACAAAGGAAGAUCGAAUAUCUACCGUAAACCUCCUGAUUUCCUUGCUGCAAACCAAGGUUAUUCAAAAUAAAGCCAUCACAAAGACCCAGAAAGUGCGUUUUUUUACUUCUUCCAUUCUAAAUCACAUAGCUUCCCUAUACCGCUGGAAUGGUAUUGUAGAUGUCAGCACCAAGGAUGUGCAGAACACAAAUGAUCCAAAGGAAGCUGGGAAAUUGAUGAUAAGGGAGCUGGUACACAACUUUCUAAUGGAUCUGUGCUGCUCUUUAAAACAUGGAAUAAAUUUCUAUGACCCGAGCCUGGGCACAGCUGCAAGGGCUGGGAACUUGGUCCUUCUGCAGUUCCUGGUUGGACUGAAGUCAGCGACUGAGGAUGAGCUGGUCGGGGAGUUGGUGGUGAAUGUUCUUAAAGUUUGUCCAGAUUUACUAAGCCGGUAUUUUAAGGAAACGCAGUACUCCUUUGUUCCUCGACUCAAAACUGCCUGGCUAGAGAACAUCAAACUACUGAAAAAGAUUUAUGAUGCCCAGCCACCAGUGUCUGUCGCCUUCAAGACCACAGAAUAUGUGCCUCUUCCACGGCUGAUAAAUAUGGUGAUGAUAGCAACAGUGGCUCCCAUGUGUAACAAGACUAUGCUCACUCAAGGCCUUAAUGUGCCGAAUAAGAUAGUAAAAAAUACAAUCUUGUCCCUGAUCUCCUCAAUCUUGAAAAGGGCCGAGCUGAACAUCAAUCAUUGUCUAAAGGAAGAUGUGUGGCAGAAAUCUGACCUGUACACUCCCACAACGAUGGCGGAAUUCGCCCAGAAAUACAGAGAAGCUCUCAGUAAGCUCCUGCCUGAGAUUAAUACAGUUGUAGCAACCUGGCAGUCCCUCCUCAAACAUGAAGAGGCUGGAAAAGAGGAAGAAGGGAGAACACCCGAGGGGAAGCCAUUGGAUUCCUCGGGGGACCUUCCAGUACUGACAGGAAAAGAGGAUGAUGUCCAGACUACUCUUGUGAAGACUUCUCUCCUCCAAGUCCUGUGCCUGUAUCAGAGGGUGGUGCCUCACUUAGUGUCUCAGAGUAAUUUCGAUUUCAGCAAACUGCUGAAAGGAAUUGUGUGCGAUAAAGGCGUACGUGAAGAGGUCCCCCCUAUCCUGCAGCAUCAGAUCCUUCAAGUGGCCCUGGAGUUGCCCGCCAACAAGUUUUCCUGGUUUAAAGUGCAGGAUACACCUGACACCGGAGGGGAGAAGUCUGUAUUUUAUCUACUUUUGAAAAUGUUUGUCACUUGUAACAAGACACAGCUGAAAACGUCAACCAGGCUUUUAAUUAUUAAGAUUCUGCAAGACAGUGGUGUGUUUGAAUACACUUGGCAGGAGCUGGAACUGUGGCUGAGGUGUCUGGAUACAGUGGAGGAGAACUCUAAGGAACCGGUGAUCCAGUUUUUAGAGCAGGCUUUGGUCAAACUGGUGUCUAACCCGUAUCCAUACACGGAUAAGGCUGCAGAUUAUGUUCAAGAGGCCAGCGUGCUCCAGUCCAGUUUGGGAAAGCUGGAUUCCGACACAGUCAGCAUUCCCAUCUCCCACAUCGAUGAUGUCAUGGACAUGGUGGAUGUCAUUGUUGAAGGGAGUGAAGGCUUGGAUGAAGAAGUUGGCUUUCAUCUUGAUGAAGACAUGAUUCUUCAGACGUUUCCUUUCAGUGCUGUGAUCCCAGUAGUACUGGAAGCCAGGAAUAGGAUCCUGAUGUUAGGGGAAGAUGGACAUGAAUAUGUGAUCCCUUAUCUGAUAUCUGUCCUGACUGACAUCCUCCACACCCAACGGGACCCGCUCGCCCUUUGCUUGUUACUCCAGUCUUACGAUAAAGAGUUGCAGCCUUUGGAAACCAGUUCUGUUGGGUGCGUCCAACUUCACAGCUUUUACAACUACUACAGCCUGUGGCUGCCUUCAUCUGCUAAAGGGCCUCCAUUCUCCAGAGAAGAAAAAUCUGCGAUGGAGAGUGUAGAGCAAGAUGGAGAAUCUUCAUAUAAUUUGUUAUUAAAGAAGACUUUUGUGGACGGGCACAUAGAUGAUGACUCUAGGCAGAUGCUGAAAGACUCCAUUUCCAACACUCCACAGGAAGGGCUACCGCUGUGUGUGAAACAUACCCUACUCUGCAUCAAGACUACUGUAGAGGUCUUCAACAAGUAUAAAAAGUCUACAGGCUCAGGGUUGAUUAGCCUCUACUUGGACCUUCUUGGCCACCUUCUGUGCCGAUACCAGCAGAUAGAGUACAACCAUGAUGAGAACAAAGAGGAAGUGAAUGGAGAAUCUGAACUUUUUAUUGAAGCCAGCAACACACUGGAAUCUCCUGGCAACAUGACCUUAGACCUCAUGUUGUCUGCAGUCUUCAAACACCCUGUUUUGGAAGGAUGGUUCUUGGCUUUACAGCGCCAGUCUGUCCCCCUUCACAGCUUAAACCCUGUCACUGUUAAACUCCUUUCAUCUGCCAUGAACCAGGGUCUGAUCCAACUGCUUAAAUCCAGCACUCCUCUGCUGCAACAAAGUGGCAACCUUCAUCUCUUGGUCAAAUACUGUGAAGCCAUCUCAAUUAGUGUCUUAAAAGAGUUUGAAGAGUGCAAGAAGAGUCCAAGUAAAUUAUCCCAUCAGCUGGAAGCUUUGCAGGGCCUUUAUCCAUACAUGGGUACCGCUCAACUCAUUAUUGCUAUGUUGAAGCUUCCAGAAGAAUUUCUACUUGUGGACAGUGCAAAGCCCAUGCAUCAGCAGCUGAGUGUUUAUGGUAAAGUGCUGGUGGAACUGCUCAACGAUAGUCACCAAAGAAAGCAGUGUCAAGAGGAUCUAGCCUUCUGGGUGGAACAAGUAAGAGGAGUCGGACGACUAUUGUUGUCUUCAGCUGGAACUGACCUCGAGCCACUGGUCUCUGAUGCUCUACAAAAAGUACCUGCCUUUGCCCAUGUGGUGGGAGUCAAUGUUCUGACACAUUGCCUCGAUAAGGGAACUCCAGACUCUCUAAGUGUGGCUGCUCUGCUGGUACAGUGCAGCAGGACUCACCAGCUGCAGUUUGAGUUGUGGUGCUUGAAGCCUGGAAUGGUGAAGCUUCUUAGAAAGAAUGUAAAGACCUUUGUGCCAAUAGUCAACAUCUACUUGAAGACCAGAAAACAAUUUCAAUGUACACAGCUGACCAAAGUGAGUGCCGCGGUACUUCAUAUUCUAAAGGAAGUUUUCUGGAGCAAACUGGUAAAGGAGGCAUUAAGCACAGAGACCGAACAGACUUCUGAUCAAAUUGCGCUGCUUUCCAAGUUGGUCACACAAUGCAAUAUAGACGAUUUUACAGAACUUCUCAGUGAGCUCCCCAACACGCUGCUCAAGAACUGUUCAGUGGAAAAAUGGGCUCUGGCUGACUGUGUAUGGCAGGCUGCAGACCGUGCUGGGGCGAUGGCCUGCUCUUGGCAGAGGGCUCUCCUGGCGGCCACUAUGAAGUGUCUGACUGCCACAUAUGGCAUCAACAAGGAUCGUGAGGAAGUGGAACAGGAAGCGGAGACAGCAAUGCUCUCACGACUUCGCAAUCUCAUGUCCGUGGUGAGGGAGGAUGUCCCUACAGAAUGGAACAGCUUUGUGAAAACCGGACUAAAGUAUCGUUACACAGACUGUGCAUUUUUGGAUGCUUUGUGUGCUGGAAUAGCAGAGUGGUAUGAGCCAAGUGGCCCCUGUACGCAGGAUUUAGUGCAGUUACCAGUUAUCCAUAUGAUGGUAAUGCAACAUUCUCUCUUCCUGCCCAAUUUUGUGAGAUCUAGAGAGGAGGAGAGCAGCAGCAAUACCCUUCGAGAAAAGUUGGCGUAUCUGCUGAGAACCAUAAUCGGGAAAUGUCCAUCGGUGUGUGACAAGAAUCAUUUCGCUAUUUUACUUGGUGCCUAUGGAGCAACUCUCAGUGUAACGGACCAGAAACUCCUUUUCCUUCUGCAGGCCUAUGAGCAAAAUAACCUGAGUCUCACAGAUUUCAGAUUGCUGUUGUGGGGUCCAGCUGCGGUGGAGCAUCACAAGACAAGGAAAAGUUUGGGGAAAUCCCUGUGGCAACAGCCAACCAUGGAGGAGAUUCUCAACCUGUUAGACCGGGAGAAAAUGCUGGAAACCCUCCUGAAUUUCCCGCUGCACCGCAAGCUGAUUGCCGAGACUGGGAAGAACACGUUAUAUGAAGACCGGGCAAUAGAUGACCUUGGGAAACUUUACGAUCCCUGCUUCUUGUUACCUCUCUUCAGUGAGCUGCUCAGACCAGAGCUGGUUGUGGAUUGUGUGAAGUUCGUGGAGGUCAACGCUUUAGGUCUGACCCUGGCAGCACUCAGUAGUUACGAUUACAGCAUGCGAGCGGCAGCCAAUUACGUCUUGGGGUCCUUCAUCUCCCACUUGGAAGCAGCUCGUUUUCGAGAUAAGAAGCAGCUGCAGUAUCUGCUGGAUGUUGUAAAGAAUGGAAUUCGGCAGGAGAAUCUCCGGCUCGCUUACAUACUGGGGCUGUAUGGUGCCAGGGUCGCCCAGCUGAUCCUCAGACCUGAUGAACACAUGUACAUAAAGGUGAACCGCUUCCUUCUGUCUCACGAGUACCUGGAUCUGAAGAAAGUUCCGGACUUCUAUAGAUUGUUUUACAGCUUUGACACAGAGCACAAGGUGGAGCGUGAAUGGAUUCUGGGAUUGCUGAGUGAUGGAAUGAGGGACAAGCAUUGCUAUGAGCUCUAUGAUUACCAGAGGAUAUUUAUGGUCAUUAUGGCUUUUUAUAACAGCCAUCUGAGUGAUGAAACAUCUCAAAAUCUGGUUCUGGAAAUUCUUAUGAAGGCCUCCAAAGUGCCAAAGGCAGCCUAUGAGCUUACAAGAGACCACAGCCUGCUGUCCUGGAUACAGAACAUUCUGGAGAAAAGGUAUGUUGAGAAUAAAACGUUGGGAAGUGUAAUAACAUUAGUGACCAAUUUAUGGUUAACCAACUUGGGGAAGAAAGAGAAGACCAAAUCAAAAGAAGAGAAGAAGCCGAAUGGACCGGCAGAGCAUGAGAAGUUUCUUCCCAUCCAUCUAGUGAAUGAGAUCUUUGGAGUUUUGAUGGUUCUGCUCAGACACAUGAGGACAAAUUUGGAUAGCACCCACCACCUCCAGUAUUUCUGUGCAUUGAGCUCAGUUCUGCGGUACCGCUCACAUGUGUUGACAGCCUUUAAGGAAAUGGGUAGGUUUGCUGUUAACGAGCAAGUGUUUUCAAGCAAGAAUGCCCUACUCCUGCUGCACAAGUGGAGCACCAUCGAGAGAGACCUUGAGCUGCAAGAGAGACUCGGCACACUGGCCAAAGAGUACAAAGUCAAAGAACUUAUAAGUACCAUUAAAGAGAAAUUCAGACAGCCAGGCCCCAGGCAUCAAAGGAAGAGAAUUGAGGCUGUACAGCAGGAAGUCCUGGAACAGCAGAAUGCGUCCCAUCUAGAGGAGACCAGGAAUCAUGUGAAAUCUGUAUUGAUACACUGGAAACCCACUUUACCCACCCUUCCCUACACCUCUGCAGGAGAAGCUCCAGAUCAGGCAAAAGAGACCCCCGAAAAGGACGAGGAGACGGAAAAGAGAAUUAACAGUGGUGCUCUAGUGCAUGCCACUGCCUGUAUGGUAGCCAAGUGGAUAGUAAAAGUGGAAGGUGAAGUUGAACUAAACACACACGAUCUCAAAAACACUCUGCGCUGGCUGGAAAGCUGCAUUGUACCCCACUCCCUGGUAGUGGCGGAGCUGCUAAGAGAUGGCGUGUGGCGGAGUACCCUCUAUAAACUGUACUACAGAAUCUGCAGUGACCCUGAUUCUGGCCUAGAACUGCUGAGUAUAGCUAACCAGGUCAUGAUGAACAUCAUUGAGGCUGAAAAUGUUAGCAGUGGCACAUACCAAGCUGUGAAGAAUCUCUGCCUGCUGUCUGGUGACCAUACAAAUGACUCUCACAAAGCUGCCGCCAGUCUCUUGGCAUCUCUCUACAUCAGCGAUAUGUGGCUGGGCGCAAAAUCACCUGUUAUGUUUAACGCCUAUGUAAAAAUGGUCUGUGAAGGAGCCGACCUGGACAUUUCAAGUUCGAAAGAAAAGACCCCACGGAAGAAGAGGAAGGAGGAGCAGGAGGCCAUGGUGUCCCUCUGUAGAGACAUUUCUGCUGCUGUUUCUAAGAGUUGA